CCUGGGGACAUCAGCUGCACUGGUGUCACUUCAGAUCCGUGCUGGGAUCCCAACAGGAACUGGAGAGGGAUCUGGGAAUGUGGAACAGGGGUCUCCAUGCUCCUGUGGGCACUGGGAUCCUUCCUUCCUCUCCUCUUCUCCCUCCUGACACCAGUCCCACCCGCUCCUCGGAGCAUCCUUCCCCCAGGAGGAAUUUGGCCCCGUCUGUCUCAAAUCCAUCUUCCUUCUCAAAUCCCGUCUUGCCGACGGAUUACCCUUCCCAGCGCCGGCUUAAGGCCGGGGGAUGAGGAAGGAGAGCGGGGAUGAGGAAGGGGAGCAGGCGCCCUGUACCCCGCGGUGCUGGACUUGUCUGCCCGCGGCACCGAGCCCUUCCCCGGGCACCCACCAGCGAGCACAACCCGGCUCCGAGAGCGCAGGACAUCCAGGAGCCACUUCCAUCCCCUCCGGGCACCCCGACGGCAGCCGGAGAGCCGCGCUCAGCUCUCCAUCAGCUGCCGAGCCGCACCCCGGCACCCGGCGAGGGCAGCGGUACCCGCGGCUCGGGGACCCUCCGCGCCUUCCCCCCGCCACGGCCACCCUUACCGGCUUGCACGGUGAAGAGGAGGAGGAGGAAGGCGGCGGCAGAGCCCCAGCGGCGGGUGGCCGCGGGCCGGGUGCCCGUCAGCCUGGCCAUGGCGUCGCAGGCGCAUCUGCCGGGUGCGGCGCACGCUGCGCGCCCGGGGCUUAUGUAGGCCACGCGCCCUCCCGGCCCGCGCACCCGCGCCGCCGCAUCGAUUGGUGGAAACUGGGACCGGCCGUUACCACGGGAACGGCUUCCAGCCCCCCCCGCAUCCCACCGGGACCCCCGGCCCCGGCCCCGCACCCCGGGGUGCUCCGGAGCGGGGACGUCGCCGUGCGACACCCGCUGCAGCCGGCACCGCCGCGCCGGAGCCCCACGCGUGGCCGCGGCCCUUUGUGCCGGGGUCUUUGCAUUCAGGGCACAGCUCGGUGGCCUCCCGCUCCCCCCGGCUCAUGGGUAUUCAUGCCGGCAGCAGCCCAUCACCAUGGCAUCCGCGCUGCCGGCAGGAACUGCCUGCCCUUUUCCCAGCCUUUGCAGCCAAGAGGCCGCCCGUGCGCCCUGUGCGGCCGCCCUGGCCCCCCGCCCGCCCCGACACCUCUUGGGGGGCUUCACCACCGGGCUGGGCCCCCCAAAGCCCCAGCGCCACGGGAGCAGGCUGGGGCGGGGCUGGGAGAGCAGGGUAGGGGCAGCGGGUGUCGGCCAAGUGGUGCCGACGCCACUUGGGCUGUGGCCCCGGUGGCACCGUGGGGUGGGGACCCAGGAGCAGGACUCCCGGCGGGGGGACACAUCCCACAGAGGAGGAGCACAGCUCCCAAGGGCACAGCAGCCCCUUACUCACUGCCGAGGAGCCCCAUCCCCUGCACAGCCGUUUGAACACGGGCUUAGACACGGUUCCCAGAUGUUGGGCGUGGGCAGAUGUUGCAGCAGCUGCCGAGGGGGUGGGAUCACCAUCUGUCCCUGACCCUUGGGCGCGGAGACUCAGGACAAGACACCGACCGGCCCCACGCCGCGCUGCUGGGGCUCCGUGGCCCCUUGCAGGGACGGGCAGGGGGGCGAUGCUCAAGCCCUGUGCCCGGGCUGGGCAGGGCACCCCCAAAACCUCGGUGCCAGCACGGCGCCCGGCCCGGGGGGCAGUCCUUGCACCGUGGGGCCGCUGGGGACAGGGCCCCCGCCACGGCACAGCCGAUUCACGGCUCAGCGCGUCCUCCGACGCCUCAUUUCACCACUGCCUGAUAAACAACAGCCUGUGGGAGCGUGUGCCCGGCGCACCGCCGGCACCGUGCCAGCCCGGGCGGCAGCCACGGCCCGGGGACCCCCGUGAUGCUCACGGCCGUGAGGUGACCGUGGGGGGACAGGGGGGGCCGUGGGGCUGGUUCUGGAGGUCGCCAGGGGGCAGGGUGACACCUCCCAGUCUGCGGUGAGGUGAGGGAGCAGCUGUGCUGGCCCAGAGAUUGCGGCUGAGGGCUGGCUCACCAUAGCGACCUGUGCCAGGCAGCAGUGCCAGGGCAUCGCCCCGCGGGCUGGGGGGCACCGGAGAGACGGAGCUGGACCCAGGGACCGGUAGGGCACAGCAGGCCCCUCCCUGUGCUGCUGGGGAAACUGAGGCACGGGCACGGUGUCCUGGCAGUGUGCACUGGGGAGCAGCCAGGGCAGAGCCCAGCCGGGACACGCAGGCAGCGCACGCAGAUUCACGCUCGUGUGCACACACGCCACACGCUGUGCACACCCGCUCCUCCUGGUCCCCAGAGGUGGCCGCCAGCCCAGCUGCCCCCGGACCACCAUCCCUACUGCUUUGGGGCAGGGAUGAGCUCUGUCACGGUCACCCGGAGCUGCCCAGGUGACCCCUUCACGGGAUCCAAGGGCCGGUGACGUCCCCGUGCCCAGCCCGCUGCUCUGCCCACGGCGCUCUCCCUCCGCCCCGUGUCCCGCGCCCCGGGAGGCUGUGCCAUGCUGCGGGAGCCCGCGGGGACAGGGACACUGGCAGGGACACGGAGCCCGCAGAGGACACGGACAGCCGCGACACACGGACACUGACCGGGACACACGGACAGCGGUCUGUCUGAGGUGGCACAUUUGGGAGCUGCCCGCUGCCCAUGGAUGCUAUAGGACAAGGAAGCUGGGAUCCAGCCACAGCAGGGACACCCAGCCGGUUUGUGGUGGAAGAUGACGGUGCCAGUGCCCAACAGCACGGCGGUGUCGUGGGCACUGCCAGAGCCAGAGCUGGAGCGGUCACCCUGCCUGGUCGGCAUCGUGCCCAUCGUGUACUACAGCGUCCUGCUGGGGCUGGGGCUGCCAGUGAACAUCCUGACUGCCGUGGCCCUGUCCCGCCUGGCCACCAGGACCAAGAAGUCGUCCUACUGGUACCUGCUGGCCCUGACCACCUCCGACAUCCUCACCCAGGUCUUCAUCAUCUUCGUGGGCUUCAUCCUGCAGACGGCCAUCCUGGCUCGGGCAGUGCCCAGCGCCUUCAUCCACACUGUCAACGUGCUGGAGUUCACGGCCAACCACGCGUCCACCUGGGUGACCGUGCUGCUGACCGUGGACCGCUACGUGGCCCUGUGCCACCCGCUGCGCUACCGCGCCGUGUCCUACCCGCGCCGCACCCGCAGGAUCAUCGCGGCCGUCUUCGCCGUGGCGCUGGCCACCGGCGUCCCCUUCUACUGGUGGCUGGACAUGUGGCGCGACGCCGACCCCCCCACGGCACUGGACACGGCGCUCAAGUGGCUGCACUGCGUCACCAUCUACUUCCUGCCCUGCAGCGUCUUCCUGGCCGCCAACUCCCUCGUCAUCCGCAAGCUGCAGCGGCGGAGGCGCGCGGGGGGCAGCAAGACCAUGGCACUGCUGCUGGCCGUCACCGCCGUCUUCGUCGUGCUCUGGGCUCCCCGCACCGUGGUCACCAUGUGCCACCUCUACGUGGCCUCGGUCAGGAGGGACUGGCGCGUGCACCUGGCCUUGGACAUCGCCAACAUGGUGGCCAUGCUCAACACCUCCCUCAACUUCUUCCUCUACUGCUUCGUCAGCCAGACCUUCCGCCGCACGGUGGGCGAGGUGCUGCGGGGUCAGCCCCGGGCAGCCCCCCGCCGUGGCAGCGGUCACUUCCCACCCCCGGCCCUGGAACCGCUGAAGGUGCUGGGCAGCACCGCGCUCUGAGCCAGGGCAGUGCCCGGCUGGCAGCCCCGGUGCCCACCCAGCCCCACGCAUUGCCCCGGGACCAGGGAGACCCCCACUCUCCACGGAGCCAGGGUGGCUGCUGCUGGGGGUGGCAGGAGGAGGGGGUUGUGCCCAGACACUCAUCUGGGGAUGUCGUGGUGCCUGCCUGGCAGCAGCACCCCAGGGCUGGCAGCUCAGCCCUGCCCAUGCUCAGCUCAUCACGCAACACUGGAACUCACCCAGGGAACUCAUCCAGGACAUGCCCCAGCUCAGCAGCACCGAGGGUCCCGGGGAGCCCAGGGCUGCCCGUGGUGAGGGGUGGAGGGCACGAGUGAGCUCCUGCGAGCCCUGACAAGGACAUGGUGCCUGCUGGGUGCCACUCCAUAAACUGCCGUGCUGAGACCAAA